GCUCGAUGACUGCCACGAUGGCCGACAAGGCCAACGGGUCGACAGCCACGACGCCCACCGCAUCGCACACCACCAACCCGUUCGAGGCGCUCGCCAAGCCGCGCAGGCCUAGGGCCCACAAGCGCUCUGCAACCGGCUUCAUCCCCGACGGUCCCAAGCGCCUGAACGAGAUCUUUCCCGGUGAGGAGAAGGCGUGGAAGGACGCGCUCAAGUCCAACGAGCAGCAGCUCACCAACGACGUCAAGGACGUCAACGCCCAGAUCUCGCGCCACGUCGAAUUUACCCUUUCUCGCCAACCGUUCAACGUCGAUGAGCUCGCCAUGUACCAGGCCUCGGCCCUCUCGGUCCGCGACAAGCUCGUGCACAACUGGAACAAGACGCAGACCGCCCACACCGAGAAGAAGGUCAAGCGCGUCUACUACUUCUCGCUCGAGUUCCUCCUCGGCCGCGCGUACGACAACGCGCUCCUCAACCUCGACAUCAAGCAGUCGUACGACGAGAGCCUCAAGCAGCUCGGCUUCUCGCUCGAGGACGUCCUCGACGUCGAGCGCGACAUGGGCCUCGGCAACGGCGGCCUCGGUCGCCUCGCCGCGUGCUACCUCGACUCGACGUCGACCUGUGGCAUCCCUGCAUGGGGCUACACGCUUCGCUACUCGAACGGCAUCUUCAAGCAGGUCCUGUCGAGCAAGGGCGACCAGGUCGAGAUCCCGGACCCGUGGCUCGAGAGCGGCAACCCGUUCGAGGUCCCUCGCCUCGACGCCGCCGUCGAGAUCAAGCUCUACGGGCAGGCCUCUCGCGGCGAGAACGGCAAAGCCGGGACGUGGACCGGCGGCACCGACAUCCUCGCAGUGCCGUACGACAUCCCGAUCCCGGGCUUCCGCGCGACGGCCACGAACACGGUCAGGGCGUGGCGGAGUCGCGGCAAGGUGUCGUUCGACCUCGCGGCCUUUAACGCCGGUGCCUACGACGCCGCAGUGCGCGAGGCCGAGGAGGCCGAGACGAUCACGCGUGUCCUGUACCCGUCCGAGAACCACGAGGCCGGAAAAACCCUCCGCCUCAAGCAGCAGUACUUUUGGACCGCCGCCUCGCUCCACGACAUCUGUCGCAGGUUCCGCAAGCUGCGCGAGCCCUGGUCCGCGUUCCCGGACUACGUCGCCGUGCAGCUCAACGAUACCCACCCAACUCUCGCCAUCCCGGAGCUCCUCAGGAUCCUGGUUGACGAGGAAGGUCAAGAGUGGGACGAGGCCUGGUCGAUCGUCCGGCGCACGUUCUUCUACACCUGCCAUACUUUGAUGCCCGAAGCGCUCGAGACGUGGUCGGUCGACCUCGUCGGCUGGCUGCUGCCGCGCCACCUCCAGAUCAUCUACGACAUCAACUUCCACUUCCUCGCCGACGUCGAGCGCAAGUUCCCCGGCGACCGCGCCCGCCUCGCGCGCAUGAGCCUCAUCGAGGAGGGCUCGCCCAAGCGCGUGCGCAUGUCGCACCUCGCCGUCAUCGGGUCGCACAAGGUCAACGGCGUCGCCGAGCUCCACUCGGAACUCGUCCAGUCGCAGCUCUUCCCCGACUUUGUCGAGUACCUCGGCCGCGACCACUUCACCAACGUCACCAAUGGCAUCACUGCGAGGCGCUGGCUGUACCAGUGCAACCCGGCCCUUUCGACCCUAAUCACCAAGGCGCUCGGCAGCGAGCACUGGGUCACGCACCUCGACGAGCUCAAGAAGCUGCAGAAGUUCGCCAAGAACGAGGCGUUCAAGAAGGAGUGGGCCGCCGCCAAGCAGGUCAACCGCAACCGCCUGUGCGACUACAUCGAGUCGACGACCGAGCUCAAGGUCAACCGCAAGGCGCUCAUCGACAUCCAGGUCAAGCGCAUCCACGAGUACAAGCGCCAGUCGCUCAACAUCCUCGGCGUCAUCUACCGCUACCUCCAGCUCAAGAAGAUGUCGCCCGAGGAGCGCAAGCGCGUCGUCCCUCGCCUCUCGGUCUUUGGCGGCAAGGCCGCGCCCGGCUACUACAUGGCCAAGCUCACCAUCCGCCUCAUCACGGCCGUCUCGAAGGUCCUCAACGCCGACGAGGAGAUCCGCGAGUUCCUCAACGUCGCCUUCCUCGCCGACUACAGCGUCUCGCUCGCCGAGAUCCUGAUCCCGGCGAGCGACAUCAGCGAGCACAUCUCGACGGCCGGCACCGAGGCGUCCGGCACCUCGAACAUGAAGUUCUUGUUGAACGGCGGCCUCUUGCUCGGCACGGUCGACGGCGCCAACGUCGAACUCGGCCAAGCGGCCGGCGAGGAGAACUGCUUCUUCUUCGGCGUCCUCGAGCCCGACGUGCGCGAGUUGCGCCUGCGCCACCAGGCCGGCCAGGCCCAGUACCCGCCGCAGCUGCUCGAGGUCGUCGACGCCCUGCGGUCGGGCCAGUUCAGCGCCGGCGAGGGCGACCUGUUCGAGCCGCUCCUGUCGACCAUCUUCAACGGCGACUUCUACCUCCUGUCGGACGACUUCCUGUCGUACCUCGAGGCGCAGAAGAUGGUCGACGCCGCCUUUGUCGACACGUCGUCGUGGGUCGAGAAGUGCAUCAACACGACCGCGUGCAUGGGCCGGUUCUCGUCGGACCGAGCGGUGCAGCAGUACGCCGAGGAGAUCUGGAACGUCGAGCCGGUCGACAUCUCGCAGUGACGAGGUGCGACGGUGCAGGACGGCGCAGGAGCAGGCGGAGGAGGUGACGAGGACGAGGACGAGGUGGGAGGAGGUCAAACCGUAGACGGGUCGCUUGCUGGUUUUCCUUUCUCUCUCUUCUGCAGUUGAUCAGUGCCCUUCCAAGUGUC